GUAUCCGGAAACUGUUCGUAACUUGCUUUUCAUUCCGGUUCUCAGGGUCUACACCAUUUCCCCGAGCUUUUUUAUAUACAAACAAUUAUACUGCUUGGCCUCGUAGAAAAAGCAACGUUUCUUACCUUAUUCAAACAACUGCCAAGUACUCCGAAAUUAAGUUGAAAGGGACUGUACUCGUAGGUAGGUAUCUAGCUUCCCCGCUAUCUUAUGCAGCGAGGCUGUGGAGAGCCUUAAUCCAAAGACGCUCUUCCUAUCUCUGAUCGUCACAGCCCUUUAACAACUUGAUAAGGUACUUGCUAAGAACAUUUAUAGCCCAGACCACUGAAGGCAGCUAGCCUAUAAGUCUUUGAUCCCUUCUACCUCAGAUAUUCGAAGAGCAGAUCCUGGGGUACAGCAACAGAGAACCAUUUUAUCACCAGCGCCGACUUGUGAACCUGACUUCUAGAAUCGAUAUUUGUACUCCUGUACUAUAUCUGUUGUUCUCUUGGGUAAUUGAAUUGAGUGGCAAUGCGAGAGAUCUGAAGGGUAAUACGGGCAGUCGAUGUGGAAGAGGCUGGGAGGUCCUCCAAAGCCCAUUCAACAUUGCCGAGGAUUCCCCAUGACGUUGCCGAAGCCCCACUAAGCCGCAUCAUAUGGCGCCCUGCAAGUCGAAAACAUCUCCCUAGUUUUCGUUCCCCCACUUCAACUCUGGUCUAUUGUACAUCUGAAAUAUCUCCUUGCACUGUCUCUUGUCGCGCCUCGCUCUACCUUAUUUCAGAUGCAACGCUACCUACACUCGGAAACUCUAACGACCGAAGAGAGAGAUAGUGGGGUGAAGACACGCCAGACACGACAGGAAGACCGAGUUAGGGGAUGUGCAUAUUACGUGCUUGAGACACGGUCUUUAAGUGGGUGCCCGCGCGAGGCUGCGGAAAGGGCCUGGCAGAGUGGGGGUCUCCUAGAGGAUUGAUUACAAAGGGGCAUCGCAGUGCAUCCAAUCUGCGUGUGGUGAAGUGGUGGACUUCUGGAAUUGUUACGAUAUCCAUCGAGGGGGGGAAGAGGGUGAGACUGCAUCUGCAAAAGCGGUUAAUUGUUGGCAGAACAGAAAAGACCCGGACGCGACAACUAUUCUGUCUCGAGAUAUUUGCUGGUAGCCUUCUCCAGCCUCGGCGGAACCUGCGCAUGCGAUUCGAAGAGAAAGAGACUUCAAGAGCAUAAUAGUUGUACGAUUCGGAACAUACAUCCAGCAGCAUACACGAGGAAAAGGAAGGCAGCACUUGAGAACAUACGUGCUUCCAGAACAUAUCUCCUCUUUGAGUGAGUGAGUAGAGCAAAAUGGGGCUCUUAGCUUUAGGAACCCCGCUCGACUGGCCGGAAGCUAAGAAUAAUGCGAAUCAUGUCCGGGAAUGGGGGAUCAAGCAAUUGUUAGCCAUAUGGAAUAGGGCAAAGGGAAAAGAGAAAGAUGCUCUACUCUGGGGUGAUGAGGUCGAAUAUCUGGUUGUUACAUAUCAGGAAACAGAUCCUCGGGUUACACUAUCCUUGAGACAGGCGGAUAUCUUGACUGCUCUGGCACAGGACGAGAAGUUAUGCAUAGAAGGAGGUUGUGUGCCAGAUUUGCAGGAUGUAGACAGGGCAAGCACGCUACCAAUCUUCCAUCCUGAGUUCGGACGAUUCAUGCUGGAGGCUACACCUGGAAAACCGUGGGGAAUCGGCUUCAAGGAUUUAUUAGAUGUGGAGACAAACAUGAGAUUGAGGCGAAAAAUUGCAAAGGAUCAUAUGCAUCCAGAAGAAUAUCCCAUCACAUUAACGACAUAUCCGCGACUUGGAAGCCCAGGGAUUUUCACGACACCAUAUUUCCCGCUAUCUGGCUGUAAGCUACGGUCACAAUUUGUCCCUGACGAAAUUGCAAACCCUCACAUCCGAUUCCCUACUUUGGCAGCAAAUAUCCGCUCACGAAGAGGCCGAAAGGUUCAAGUGAACGUUCCAGUAUUCAAAGACGAGAAUACUCCUUGGCCUUGGAAAGAUCCUACAGUCAACUAUGAUUUACACAACUGGCCUGAAGACGAUGAUGUCCGGAAUGGGGCUUCUCCAGAUAAUUUCAUUCAUAUGGAUGCCAUGGCUUUUGGAAUGGGAAGCUGUUGUUUACAGAUCACUUUUCAGGCUAAGAACAUCACAGAAGGACGAAAGAUGUAUGAUCAGUUGAGUCCGUUAGGUCCAAUUCUUUUGGCUCUAACUGCGGCUACUCCAAUCUACAAAGGAUUCUUAGCAGACACAGAUGUGCGGUGGAAUCAGAUCAGCGCCGCAGUCGAUGAUCGGACACCUGAGGAAUUAGGGGAGAAGCCCUUGAAAGACAGCCGUUGGCGAAUACCAAAAUCUCGUUAUGCCUCGAACUCUACCUACAUAUCAGAUGAUCCCCGCCUAAGGAAGGAAUAUCUUGAUCCUGAACUCGUCACAGAUCCAGACGUUAAACAACAACUCAUGGACGGCGGUAUGGAUUCUGUCCUCGCUACCCACUUUGCACAUCUCUUUAUCCGCGACCCUAUUGUAAUCUUCGCCGAAGACCUCCAAGAUCUCGACCUUACCAAAACCGACCACUUUGAAAACCUGCAAUCCACAAAUUGGCAGCACAUCCGCUUCAAGCCUCCACCACCGAACAAUGACAUCGGCUGGCGAGUCGAAUUCCGACCCAUGGAAAUCCAAAUCACCGACUUUGAAAACGCCGCAUUCUCGGUGUUCAUUGUCCUCAUCACCCGCGCUAUCCUCAGUUUCGACCUCAACUUCUAUAUCCCUAUCCCUAAAACAGACGAGAACAUGAAAACAGCCCACAACCGUGACGCUGUCCUGAAAGACAAAUUCUACUUCCGCAAAAACCCCUUCCCGACACGCUUUCCCCGCCCGUAUUCUCAGAAUGGCGGCUCGAGGUCAGGAACUAACACCCCUACUAUCAGCCGUCCGCCCUCGCCUACAGGCCCAGUCGAGGACGAAUACGCGCUCAUGAGCAUCGACGAGAUCAUGAAUGGCAGCAAGCCUGACUCUGAUAACAACUUCCCAGGUCUGAUCCCUCUCGUGGAGAGCUAUCUCGAUAGUAUGAACGUCGAUGUCAAGACGAGGUGCGAGUUAGCUGCGUACCUGAACCUGAUCAGACGGCGUGCCGACGGCACGCUCUGGACGGCUGCGAAGUGGAUCAGGGAAUUUGUGAGAAGCCAUGAGGAGUACAAGGGGGACAGCGCAGUGGGAGAGAAGAUCAAUCAUGAUUUGAUUGGGGCGGUGAUUAAGAUUGAGAGUGGAGGACGGAAGGACGUUAAGGAUAUAAAGAGCUUUCUUGGGAAAGAGAAUUCAUGGUGUAGCUAGUGAUCAGUGAAGCCUUGAGUGGUUUCGCUGGUACGUAAUCAGCUAUUGUGCACAUGUAGUGAAGAUGUAGUGGCAACUAGAUCUUAUCCAUGACGCUGGCCAUAUAAA